GGAGAGAACAAAGGGCCGAGCAGGUCCCGGGCAGCCCCGAGCCGGGCGCUGCCGCCUCCCUCCCUCCGCUGCGAGCCGGGGCUGAUUAGCUGCUGCUCCCGCGGGGCUGCGCCACGGGGAGACCUUUGGUGCAGCUGCUUCUGCGCCGGCCAAGGAGGCUGGGACUAGCGCCGGGCCCGGCUCCGCUGUUAACCCGGCACCAGCUCCGGGCCGGAGACCCAGGGUUUCCAGUUUCCAAACCUGAUGUGAUCUCCCGGCUGGAACGAGGGAAAGAGCUGUGGGUCGAAGAUUGCCAGGGCUCUGAGGAAAGAGAGCUCUAGAAAGGUGCCCAGACAGGUGAUUGGAUGGUGAAUGAAAACGAGGGGCAGAAUCCACAGCCGGGAUAUGCCGAGCAAGUUGUACCACAUGUGACAUUAGCAGGAAGGUCCAAAGGCAAAGUUUCUUGGAUUUGUGCACAGACAAAAGCCUGUGAGACUCAGCAUAGGCCAGAGAAAAGCUUCAGUAUAUUAUCAGACAUUUGAUGUUAUUAGACAUGAAAGAAUGAACACGGGAGAGAGACCCUAUCCAUGCCUUGAGUGUGGAAAAAGUUUUAGUCAGAGCUCAACCCUCAUCACACAUCAGAGAAUCCACACUGGAGAGAGGCCGUACACAUGCCCUGAGUGUGGGAAAAGCUUCAAUCGGAACUCACACCUCAUCACGCAUCGGAGAAUCCACACAGGAGAACGUCCCUACACGUGCUCUGAAUGUGGGAAAAGCUUCAAUCGGAACUCAAACCUUAUCACACAUCAGAGAGUCCACACAGGAGAGACGCCCUACACAUGCUCUGAGUGUGGGAAAAGCUUCAGUCAUGGCUCAGCCUUGAUCACCCAUCGGAGAGUCCACACUGGAGAGACGCCCUACACAUGCCCUGAGUGCGGGAAACGCUUUAAUCACAGCUCACAUCUCAUCACACAUCAGAGAAUCCACACAGGAGAGACGCCCUACAUGUGCUCUGAGUGUGGGAAAAGCUUCUGUCGGAGAUCUGCUCUUAUCACACAUGAGAGAAUCCACACGGGUGAGACACCCUACUCAUGCUCUGAGUGCAGGAAAAGCUUCGGUGAGAGUUCAGACCUUAUUAGGCAUUGGAUAAUCCACACAGGAGAGAAACCCUACACAUGCCCUGAGUGUGGGAAAAGCUUCAACCACAGCUCAAACCUGAUCACACAUCGGAGAAUCCACACCAGAGAGACACCCUACACCUGCCUUGAGUGUGGGAAAAGCUUCACCCAGAGCUCGCACCUCAUCACACAUCGGAGAAUCCACACAGGAGAGCGCCCCUACACGUGCUCUGAGUGUGGGAAAAGCUUCAAUCACUGCUCAAACCUGAUCACACAUCGGAGAAUCCACACUGGAGAGACGCCCUAUAUAUGCUCCGAGUGCAGAAAAAGCUUCAAUGAGAGUUCAGACCUUAUUCGGCAUUGGAGAAUCCACACAGGAGAGAAACCCUACACAUGCCCUGAGUGUGGGAAAACCUUUAACCACAGCUCAAACCUGAACAAACAUCGGCGAAUUCACACUGGGGAGACACCCUACACCUGCCUUGAAUGCGGGAAAAGCUUCAGCCAGAGCUCACAUCUUAUCACACAUCGGAGAAUCCACACAGGAGAGCGCCCCUACACGUGCUCUGAGUGCGGGAAAAGCUUCAAUCGGAGCUCAAACCUUAUCACACAUCAGAGAAUCCAUGUAGGGAAGACACUCUGCUCAUGCUCUGAGUGUGGGAAAAGCUUCAGUCGGAGCUCAGCCCUUAUUAGUCAUCAGCGAAUCCAUAGAGGAGUGACAAACUUCACGUGCCCUGAGUGCGGGAAAAGUUUUAAUAAGAGCUCAGAUUUCAUCAAACAUAAGAGAAUCCACACAAGCAAAUAAUGCCAUAAAUCAGGAGUUCUCAGCCUUUUCUUUCUGAGUCCUCCUCAACAUACUAUAAAACUCCAGGGCCCAGCAGGCGUGGGUAGCAACUUGGGGCUCUGGGCCUGGGGGUGGAAUCCUUGGGCAUAGGGGUGAGGCCUGAAGGGUGGGGCCUGAGAGGGUGGAGCUGCCCCCAGGACUGCCCCAUUCUUUGUAAGGCACUGCAGUUUGGGGGGUCAACAAGCUCAUGCCCCCUCAACUCUGCUCUUGGGCUCAGGGCUUCAGCCCUGUGCCACUUCUGGAUUCAGCAGGGAGAGUUCAGGGUUUCACGCCCCUGCUGCUCUGACUUCAGGAAAGGGAGGGGAGCUCAGGGGUUCAGCCCCGCACUGCUCCCACAUUCAGGGGGCGGGGUAGGGGAAGAGGGGAGCUCAGGGUUUCAGCCCUGUGCUGCUCCUGGCUCCAGUGGUUGGUGGAGGGGGAGCUUGGGGUCAUAGGUGCCAACUUUCUCCGGCACCAGUGGGUGCCCGUGCCCCCCGCCCCUUUCCUCAUCCCUGGCCCCACCAUGACUCCAGCCUUUCCCUGCCCCUGGCCCCGUCCCCAUUCCAACCUCACCCCCAAAGUCCCUGCUCUGACUGUACCCUCUCCCUGCCCCUAUUGGAUCCCUUCCCCGGCCCCGCCUCUUCCCCCAG